AUGCUGCCUCCAGCUACGGGGACGCCUGGAACUUUGCCUCCAGCUACGGGGACGCCUGGAACUUUGCCUCCAGCUACGGGGACGCCUGGAACUUUGCCUCCAGCUACGGGGACGCCUGGAACUUUGCCUCCAGCUACGGGGACGCCUGGAACUUUGCCUCCAGCUACGGGGACGCCUGGAACUUUGCCUCCAGCUACGGGGACGCCUGGAACUUUGCCUCCAGCUACGGGGACGCCUGGAACUUUGCCUCCAGCUACGGGGACGCCUGGAACUUUGCCUCCAGCUACGGGGACGCCUGGAACUUUGCCUCCAGCUACGGGGACGCCUGGAACUUUGCCUCCAGCUACGGGGACGCCUGGAACUUUGCCUCCAGCUACGGGGACGCCUGGAACUUUGCCUCCAGCUACGGGGACGCCUGAAACGCUGCCUCCAGCUACGGGGACGCCUGGAACGCUGCCUCCAGCUACGGGGACGCCUGGAACGCUGCCUCCAGCUACGGGGACGCCUGGAAAUGCUGCCUCCAGCUACUGGGACGCCUGGAACGCUGCCUCCAGCUACUGGGACGCCUGGAACGGUGCCUCCAGCUACUGGGACGCCUGGAACGCUGCCUCCAUCUACUGGGACGCCUGGAACGCUGCCUCCAGCUACUGGGACGCCUGGAACGCUGCCUCCAGCUACUGGGACGCCUGGAACGCUGCCUCCAGCUACUGGGACGCCUGGAACGCUGCCUCCAGCUACUGGGACGCCUGGAACGCUGCCUCCAGCUACUGGGACGCCUGGAACGCUGCCUCCAGCUACUGGGACGCCUGGAACGCUGCCUCCAGCUACUGGGACGCCUGGAACGCUGCCUCCAGCUACUGGGACGCCUGGAACGCUGCCUCCAGCUACUGGGACGCCUGGAACGCUGCCUCCAGCUACUGGGACGCCUGGAACGCUGCCUCCAGCUACUGGGACGCCUGGAACGCUGCCUCCAGCUACUGGGACGCCUGGAACGCUGCCUCCAGCUACUGGGACGCCUGGAACGCUGCCUCCAGCUACUGGGACGCCUGGAACGCUGCCUCCAGCUACUGGGACGCCUGGAACGCUGCCUCCAGCUACUGGGACGCCUGGAACGCUGCCUCCAGCUACUGGGACGCCUGGAACGCUGCCUCCAGCUACUGGGACGCCUGGAACGCUGCCUCCAGCUACUGGGACGCCUGGAACGCUGCCUCCAGCUACUGGGACGCCUGGAACGCUGCCUCCAGCUACUGGGACGCCUGGAACGCUGCCUCCAGCUACUGGGACGCCUGGAACGCUGCCUCCAGCUACUGGGACGCCUGGAACGCUGCCUCCAGCUACUGGGACGCCUGGAACGCUGCCUCCAGCUACUGGGACGCCUGGAACGCUGCCUCCAGCUACUGGGACGCCUGGAACGCUGCCUCCAGCUACUGGGACGCCUGGAACGCUGCCUCCAGCUACUGGGACGCCUGGAACGCUGCCUCCAGCUACUGGGACGCCUGGAACGCUGCCUCCAGCUACUGGGACGCCUGGAACGCUGCCUCCAGCUACUGGGACGCCUGGAACGCUGCCUCCAGCUACUGGGACGCCUGGAACGCUGCCUCCAGCUACUGGGACGCCUGGAACGCUGCCUCCAGCUACUGGGACGCCUGGAACGCUGCCUCCAGCUACUGGGACGCCUGGAACGCUGCCUCCAGCUACUGGGACGCCUGGAACGCUGCCUCCAGCUACUGGGACGCCUGGAACGCUGCCUCCAGCUACUGGGACGCCUGGAACGCUGCCUCCAGCUACUGGGACGCCUGGAACGCUGCCUCCAGCUACUGGGACGCCUGGAACGCUGCCUCCAGCUACUGGGACGCCUGGAACCCAGCGCCUGCUACAAAAAAUGCUUGA